ACACAGAAAAAGGAAGCUCAAGUGCCGCCAUUUCACGUGCAAGCAGCCAAGAGAACGGUGUGAGGUGGGCCUGGAAAUCGGCUAAACAAAAUCGAAUUUUACAAAAAAUAACGAUUUUAAUCGGAGUACAAGGCCCUGUUUUCGAUUUUUAAUCGUCUGUCGGUUUAAUUUUGAGGCGCAAAAAUGAGCUACGGAAGGCCCCCGCCCGAUGUCGAGGGUAUGACCUCGCUCAAAGUGGACAAUCUCACCUACAGGACCUCUCCUGAGACACUACGACGAGUUUUCGAGAAGUACGGCCGGGUGGGAGACGUGUACAUCCCCCGCGAUCGGUACACCAAGGAGAGCCGUGGUUUCGCCUUCGUGCGGUUCCAUGAUAACCGCGACGCUGAAGAUGCGAUGGACGCGAUGGACGGGGCCUUGCUUGACGGGCGGGAACUGCGAGUCCAGAUGGCGCGCUAUGGCCGUCCACCAGACUCUCACUUCGGGCGCCGAGGCGGCGGUGGACCCCCAAGGAGACACGGAGGCUAUGGUCGCAGGAGCAGGAGGUAAGUUAUUGGUUCAGUUUGAAUCAAAAACAUUGUAACUGACAAUUGUUGUAACUACAGCAACGAUACUGGCCAAGUUCAGUCAAAGUUAAUCUCUUGUUGACAGAUCUAACAUUACAAACAUUGAGCAAUGACUAAUUACACAAUUUAAUUAUGGGUUAACCAAAUUAAAGUAACUGUCCAGUGUUUCCACAUUUCUAUGAAAUAUUACUGAAGUAGUUUAUCUUCCAAAAAAUGGUACUUAAUACGGUGACGUUUCAAUUAAUAGCCCAGGCUUUUAUUUGCUUAAGUCACUGAACACAACAGGCGCUAAUUAGAGAUGGUGUCUACUUCCUUAACGCACACAGGUUUUGCUCAUUUGUAUAGUUAAUUGUUUAAUUCCAGCAUUCACUUCCAGCAUUUUUAUACAUUUCUUAAUUUCCUGUACUGUUAUCAUUUACACAGUCACGUUUAUUUUGUCUUAGUAUGUCGCUAUAAAAUAAAUCCUUGACAAUCAUUAUUUGACUGCAUUUACGGCAGUUCUCCCUUUCGCCACUAGAGGGCGAUCUGCCAUGUUUUUGUGCUUACCAGUUAACUAGCCGUUCUCAGUUGUUAGCAGCCAAUGGCUAGCAGUUUCUUACUGCCCAUUAAAAUCGGAUGAGUGCAAUUUUUUCAAGUCAUUACUGAAUUAUUUAACAAAUCAAACAAACUUUGUAAACAAUUAAUUUAGACCUAGGCGUUUAUUUGAAACAGGCGUUUAUUUGCUGAAAUAUGUGCCGUUGCCCGGCUAUUAAAAGGGACAGGCGGCUAUUUGAGAUUAGGCUUUUUAAUUGAAGUUUGACGGUAUGUUAAAAAGUAACUUUCAUGUGUUGGAAUGGUGUGGGCGUACCCCAACAGAAUAGUGUGGGCAUAUACCUUCAUAAAAAAUGUUAAUGCAAGUAGACCGCUGAUUGGUCAGAUGACGACAUCCUCAGGAAAUUGCAAUCGUUUUUUUAGUUGUCUGUUUGAGAUACAAUUUUGAGGUGGGGUUUCUCAUUUUAUACUUUGGCCACAUCAAAGGAUGAGUCAACAAUAUUAUUUGAGUAUGAGUUAACAGAAUAUGAACUUUUAUUAUUGCGAUUUUCAUUGGACAGUUACUUUAAACCUAAGCUAACUGGCUGGCAAGUUAAGCAUUUGCAUAGGUUUUCGGCUAGCUAAGUAGUUUGUUUACUUUUUGUAGCUCGCAAGGUACCAUGUCUUCAGUUGAGUUUGUAAGUUGCAAUCGCAAAUCUGUAAUUACUCUAGCAAAAAGACAGGGACUUGUAUAACCCACGUUGCGGUUCAUUUCUCCAUGUUUCUCCUCUCCCCCCAGUCGUUCGGCCAGCCCCCGUCGGCGCAGACGCAGUCGUUCCCGGAGCAGGAGCCGCUCCCGCAGCCGUGGCCGUGACUACAGCCGUUCCCGUUCUCGUUCCUACUCUAGAUCCCGUUCCAAGUCCCGCACCCCUCGCAAGAGCAAGUCCCCAUCUCGAUCCAGGUCCCGUGGAGCUUCCAGGUCCCGCUCCCGCAGCCCGGCUUCCAACAGAGGCUCCAAAUCCAGGUCGAGGUCCAAGAGCAGGCCCAAGUCCCCCGAGGACAACGGAACCGACUCUUAAUAACAACAGCUCCAACCCGGACCCAUUAAAACGGUACACAAGGAAGGGGAGGAGGGGGUGUGACCAUCACAGAUAUUUAUAAGGAUGGUUUGGUGCGUGUAGGACAGACUACAGGGUAGGUUUAAAUUCAAAUGCAGUUGGACAGUGUUCUGCAGCCUUGCCAGGCUCGGAUAACGAGUGAUGUUUUAGUCUCCAGCAUUGCAGCGUACCAGUCAAGACUGCAGAAUCCUGACCCUAAGUUGUUGCAGGGGGAAACUGUAAGAUUGUAAACUAGGUUUUAUAACCAGUUCAGAAAGUAGUGCACACACAUCAAGUAACAUGCAGGGUACAAAAGUAAAGUCAGGAAAUAAAGCUGGAUAUCUGCACACUUGAAUGCUUUUAUUCAACGGUGUGUGGUUUACAUCCAACCAAACUGACACAUCAGCCAACAUCAGGAUUUUAUCUACAUGGAAGGUCACGAGUAAAGUAGUCUAAAAUUGUUUACAAUAUUUAUAAAAUGGGCUUAUAAUUUUUUUUGAGAUAUGCUAUAUUUAUGGCGGGGUGCUAAAAUCAAACGUUCGUUUACCUAAAUGUGGAAUUCUCUCCUCCAAGCUGCGGUCCUCUUGUCAAACAGAGAGGUGGGGGUGUGACAGAGAUGGCAGUGUGAGAGCAGUUAGUGGUGUGACGCGACCCGCCCAUGUGACCUGCCUGUUGCUGAGUUGGUGGGGGCGAUGGCAGUUGCUAUGGAGCAGGUCGUCAAUGGCGACGCGUGGUCCGUGCUGUCAGUUGGUGAGGUGUGAGGUGGUGGUGAGGUAUGGAACUUUCACAGGACCACAGACAGAAUGCUGCUGGCUGUACCGCUGUGUCUGUGGUCUCACUGGUGAAGGAGGGAGGACCCAAGGUUUGUUGUCCAAUAAAUGCCUGAGUAAAAAAUAUAAAAAUGGUCAUAUUGAGAGGUAGCUUUGGGUUGGGGGCCCUUGGAGUGUGAAGACGACCAACGGGGACUGACGCUGUUAGGAACUUAUUACAUACCCACAAGGGAAAGGGUCAGUUCUAUACCAGUAACAUGGACAACUGACAUGUUAAAAACCAACCGACAAGUCCUCGAUGGAAUGGUUGAAAGGGGGUGUUUUCGAUCUGUACAUUUGACUUUAGAUUGACAACUAGAUAAUCAACAGUUCUCAAACUAGCAGCCCAUCCUUUGACCUCCACCAACACAGCUUGUCUUUUCUUUCCAGAUGACAUACGAUUGGGACUUCUUCUCUGCGGAUGCCAACCAGAUCAUAAGUCUGCCAGUGGACACCUCUCUACGCCCCAUAGAAUACUGACCAAAAGGUUAUUGCGACUUGGUCUAAAAUGUUUUAAAUGAUUUAUGCCCAGAAAGACUACUAUAUACUUACCAAUGCGAUGUAACUCCGAUGACUAAAGUUGAGGACAUGUUUAAAGGUUUUGUGAGGUGAAUACUGGAUUUUGUCUUAUUGUUAGUGCUGGUUUGUUGCAUAUGGAUUUGAUUUGAUCUUGUUUUAUUUUAUUGUGAAGUAGCUACAGCUUUUUUUUUCUUUUUAACCGAAGCCUGUAUUUAGUUGUUUUAUUCUCUACAGAAGGAUUCUGGUUUUUGAGUUACUGGUUAUUUUUUUUGCAGAGUUGAUUUUAGCAAAGGGAGCGUGACUAGCCCCUAAAUGAUUUCCAUUCUUUUCUAAGCAAAACCAGUAACACGUAGAGGCAAAUUAAUAGGAACAAUAAAAAGCAAAUAUUGUAUCAAAUGUCACCUGUUAUGUAAUUCGUUAACUGACCUAGCAGGUGUAUACUGUCUUUUUUUCUUUCUUGUCGUUACUCUG